CGUUUUCUGGUUUUAGUCAUGCCCUCAAUCACAUUGCCUAAAUUGUACAGUACCUUAACAAAGAUUUGAUAAAAUUGAAGAUGCCAAGGCGAAAAGCAGAAAAUGGAGAGGAACCAUCUAAGAAGAGGCCUCGUGUGUCCAGCACAGAGAUCCAGGGUUCUGUGGUGCAGUUUGAAUGGGAGGGGGAUGGAGGCAUAUGGACGGCCUUCAAUGAAGGCCACAAUGGCACCCUCGUUACUGGAUACAACAGUUUAAAACCUGGUGAUGAAAAACAACAGGUUGUGCUCGAAGUUGGUUCAGAUGUCAUUUUGUUGGUGAAAUUCAAACAAAUGGUUCAGAAGAACAAGAAGACCGGAUGGGAGAGACGUAUACGCUGUUCUGUGCAAGACUCUGAUGGAGAUUUCUAUGUGUGGCAGUGGGAAGAUGAGAGAGGUAAGUGGAACAGUUAUGAUACAGCGUGUAGCUGCAGCUUGGAGGACGCUAGCAGGGGUGGGGAGACUGAGGCAGCCAUCUCAGCUUGUGGCCGAUCUUACACAGUGGACCUGACCAACAAGGAACAAGUCAAUGAUGAUACUGCAGUCGUCAGGAAAGUCAGGAGGGUGAAGACAGAUGCUAAAGUUGAGCCAGUGACAAGGAAGUCUGGAGGGCGAAAGAGUUCAUCAAGGGAGACAGCUACAGAUGAGAACCAGACUAAUGGUAAAAAGAUUAAGAUUGAACCAGAUGAAAAUGGAGAAACUACCAAAUCUGGAUCUGGAAAGAGCAAGUCUGACAGAAAGAAAUCACGCCAUGAAAUGGAAAUGGAGGGCAAAGAGAUAGUGAAGACUGUGGUGUUGACUGGUAAAGCUCCAGUAGAUCCUGAAUGCAGUCUGGCAGGGAAGGCGCGGGUAUUCUGUGAAGGAAAGGAUGUCUGGGAUUGUAUGCUUAACCAGACUAAUAUAUGUAACAACAACAACAAAUACUUCCUUAUACAACUACUCCAAGAAGAAGGAAAGAAAAUGUUCUAUGUGUGGCUAAGGUGGGGUCGUGUGGGCUAUGCUGGCCAAAACAACCUGGUGCCGUGUGGGUCAGACAUUGAAAAGGCGAAACAGAUUUUCUCCAAAAAGUUUCAAGACAAGACCAAGAACAGUUGGGAUAUGAGAGAUUGUUUUGAAAAGGUGGCAGGAAAGUAUGACAUGCUUAAAAUGGAUUACAAGCCUAAGGAAGGAGACAAGGCUGGUGGGGACACCUUGAAGAGAGAACCCAGUGAGAAAGUUCCAGAUUCCAAACUGGAAGCUAAAUUACAGGACCUUAUCAGGCUGAUCUGUGAUGUUAGCUUAAUGGAGGAAGCUGUUAUUGAGAUGAAAUACGAUGCCAAAAAAGCACCUUUAGGAAAAUUGACCAAAGAUCAGAUAAAAGCUGGGUACUCUGCCUUGAAGAAAAUAGACUUCUGUAUUCAGAAAGGUGAAAUUGGCAGAGCAUUGGAACAGGCAUGCAGUGAAUUCUAUACACGAAUACCCCAUGAUUUUGGGAUGAGGCAACCACCAUUAAUCCGCACAAAACAAUGUCUGAAAGAGAAGAUUCAGCUGCUUGAGGCGCUGGACGACAUCGAGGUGGCUAUGAGAACUCUUGAGACAGGUGAUAUGUCAAUCAACCCUGUGGAUCGUCAUUAUCAGUCACUUCACUGUGACCUGUCCGUCAUGGACAAACAGUCUGAGGAUUUCCAGCUGAUUGAACAGUACCUGCAGAAUACACAUGCGAAGACUCACAGUCAGUACAAGAUGAAGGUGAUAGAUGUUUUUGAGUGCAAGAAAGAAAAUGAAGAGAAAAACUUUAAAGACUGUGGGAACAGGAUGUUGUUGUGGCAUGGAUCACGUCUGACCAACUGGAUGGGGAUCCUUAGCCAGGGGUUGAAGAUCGCACCCCCAGAGGCACCUGUUACAGGAUACAUGUUUGGUAAAGGUGUAUAUUUUGCUGACAUGUCCAGUAAAAGUGCCAACUACUGUUUUGCUUCGCCAGCCAAAAACACAGGAAUUGUCCUCCUCUGUGAAGUGUCACUUGGCAAGUGUAAUGAACUCAUGGCUGCUGACUACAACGCACACAAACUCCCCAGCGGUACCCACAGUGUCAAGGGCAUGGGAUCCAUCGCACCUGAUCCUAAGGGUUAUCACACCAUGUCUGAUGGUGUUGUGGUGCCCAUGGGUAAAGCCAAAGACACUGGUGUUCGCAACCCAAAUGGUUAUACGCUGAACUACAAUGAGUUCAUCGUGUACGAUACCCGACAGAUUAAGAUGAGAUAUCUGGUGGAAACACAGUUUGACUUCAGAUGAAACCAUUAAGACACUGCCUCAGUGAUAAACAGUGACUGACUUACAUGUAGCUUUACAGAGUGGAGAAGAAGAAUUAAGAGCAGUUCUUGUGCCCACAGUGCAUCGUCUUGUUACUGUUGGUAGCUUCUGUAGAAAGCUGUGAAGAAUUAUUUGUGUUUGUUUUUCAAAUCCACACAUACUUCUGUACAAAUACAAAAAAGCGGUUCUUGUGUCCGUAGAGAUACCUCUAAUUGUGAACUGUUUGUAGUUACUGUGUAAUCUAUAAGAAUGAUUUCUUUUUUUCAAACACACAAAGACUUGUAUACAAGCAUAGUCAUUGGGGAAGAGAUCCUUGGUUUUUCUAUAUACCGGAGCAAUCAGUGUCUGUAAUGUUGCAAUAGGGCAGGAAAUAAGAAGCUUUAGUUGAUGAUUCUAUGAAUGACACAUUUCAUGCACUGGUAGAGUAUAAUGCAUGUUGUUUAACUAUACUGUCCAUUUUAGCAUAUCAGACUUAUAUACAUAAGUUUAUGUAUUUCAAAAAGUACCACCAUAUUGGUAAACAUUAUGUUACAUUGUACGGUGUUCAGUUGUAAGGUUCAAGAUGAUGGGGCCAAUGUAGCCAUGAGUGAGCAUAUCAUAGGUUCCCUCCUCCCCCCACUCCCUUCGGGAGGUGCACAUUUUCCUUUGUCAUGAAGAGAAAUAGCCUAAAAUUUAAUUGCAUGCCCAUUCAUGUAUUAGGUGAUUCAAAAGCAUUCUGUGGAGCCUGUAUUGUUGCUUUGUGGCUGCUCUUUCUCCUUCUGUAUUGUAGGGGUCCAGUGAAUUACCGCACGGAUACCAAAUAGAUCUAUUGAGGCAGUAAUUACCUUAUUCUUAGCAUUUUGUACUAUUUGGGCCACUUCUUGCAGUACCUAUGAACCCAUGAGUCUUAUAGGGAAGAGUAACACAACCAGUACAAGAUCAUCAUGCCCAGGGAGGGGCAAACUUAGCAACAUGAAAUUCACAAAUAUGGUGUUCAAUAACAACCAAAGAGAAUGAAAAUCAACAUACGGUAUUGACUAAUUAUUGGACAGCUUGGUGUCUGUCUGCUGUUGCUUGGUACUUGUAUACAUAGUAUUUUAGUGAGGAAGCACUGAAUAUGGUGAGGGGUCUGUCGCUUAGUUGGCUAGUGAGAGACCCAGGAGCCUCUUACCAAUGCAGUCCCUGUGAGUUCAAGUUCAGCUCAUGCUGGCAUCCUCUCUUGCCGUAAGUGGAAGGGCCUGUCGGCAACCUGCCAAUGGUCGAGGGUUUCCUAUGGACUCGGCUUGGUUUCCUCCUACCAUAGUGCUGACUGCCAUCAUAUAAGUAAAAUAUUUUUGAGUAGAGUGUAAAAUGCCAAUAGAAUAAAUAAAUAUGGUAUUGGGUGGUACAUGUAUACAUAGUGUUUCAGUGAGGAAGCACUAAAUAUGCAAGAAUAACAACUUCAGAAAGGAGGUGCUGUGAUGAUAUUGCCGAAAUUAUGUUGAAAGUGUUAAAGAUUAAACUAAAAAUUUGUACAAUAUUGAGUGCACUUGCUUUAGAGAUGGAUGUGGCAUUGUUUUAUUCGUCUGUACUGUAGAUAGUUUAGUCAGUGUCCAGAAGACUUGACUAGAGAAAGAAGCGAACUCUUUCCUCUCUGCACGAGAUACCAGAACAGAAAUUCUUCCUUUUUUUUAAAAAAAUUCGGUGUAUGCAAUUGUGUGCAAUUAUCUCUUUCUCUCACGUUGCAUGAUUAGCCGUUGAAAUCGAUUUCUGCUUAAUGUUUUGUACCACAUUAACAGAAUUUCAUUCGUAAGAGUCAUCUUUAAUGCCUUCUGAUCUGAAGUGGUUGCGUCAGAGGUGACGUGAAUAUACUAUUGCUGUGACUUUGAAUCAGGCUUCUUUGACCUUGAAGAGCAGAACACAAAAAUAGGCAGAAAAGGUUUCUUGUUGGGCCGUCUCAGUUUCGUGAGAAGUGUUGUUGUACCCGGUAAUGCUUCUCAUUUGAAGAGAGCCAAAUUCUUGCAAUCCUUGGCAUUUUUUCUGGGUACAACAAGCCAGUCCUUCUGAUUCUUCUUCAGCAUUUAAUGAUAUAAAUGGACUGUGUAUUUUAAUCUGCUUACUGGUUGACAUGACCGAACUAAAUCACUUGGCCUUAUGCACAUUGUGUAAAUUUUUGGAUUAUGAUCGUUUUUUUUUUUUUCUCCACGGAUGUAUAGUCGUUAGCCAUGAUAAGCUGUAUAUCAAAACAUUCUGUCGUUGUUUGCCUUUGAUGUCUGUAUAUCUUUACAGAAGUAAAUCUGUAAUUCCUUCAAACUU